ACGACGCGCCCUACGAGUACGAGCUGAUGCUCAAGUGCCUGAACGUGGCCUUCACCUCCGUGUUCUCCAUGGAGUGCGUGCUGAAGAUCAUCGCCUUCGGGGCGCUGAACUACUUCCGAGACGCCUGGAACGUCUUCGACUUCGUCACGGUGCUGGGGAGCAUCACCGACAUCCUGGUGACGGAGAUCGCGGUAAGCAGCGGCCUGCCGGGGGCCACGUGCAGGCUGCUGCCCUGUCACGCCGAUGCGGGCCCCUUGGGGCUGAGUAGGUGGUGUCUCGGCAACUGCCGGUGGCGGGGUGGCCGGUGGCCCCGCCUGGCACGCUGACCCGGCCACGGGCUCUGGGCGAGGGCCUCUGCCCCAUGGACAGGUGAGCGGAAGGAGGGGUCAGCUGCACACUGCGGGCGUGUGCGUGUGCACGCAUGCCCGUGUGUGUGCGCCCAGGGCGGGCUGCUAAACGGCUCGCGGUCGGGCCCUGGCUGGCGGUGGCGGGCCCCGAGCUCUGCCUGGCAUGACUCGGUCACCCUGGGGCUCCGGCCGCCUCUGUCCGGGCGCAGGACGAUGUCCCGGUGACCCUGAUGCCAGGCCCCGGCCUCUGGGAGAGGCACCAGAGUGACCCGAGCAGCUCCGUGGUGGCUGCCUCCGGUUGUGGGUUCUGAGAGCCAGCACUGGGCCGGGGCUCUGGUCAGUGCCUGCUGGCCGGUGUGGGCUUCAUGGGGAAGCCGGUCCUGCUGCCUCAGGCAUCCCGCUCAGGCUUGCCCUGGCUGCUCUUGGCGAGUGGUUGACCAUCACAGGGUCGGCCGGCCAGUCUCCCUCAUGGAGCCUGUCCGUCUCCCGGGACCACCAGUGCCCCGGAGCUAGCCCCCGCCUGCCCGUCCCUGGCCACUCCC